AUGCAGCUGGAGGACUGGUUGGAUGACCUUUGUGUCCGAUUCAUCAUCAAUCUACCACCGGAAGAACUUCAGUCUGUAGAGCGAAUAUGCUUCCAAGUCGAGGAAGCACAAUGGUUCUACGAAGACUUCAUUCGACCACUUGACCCUUCGCUACCUUCCUUGAACCUGCGCGCAUUCAGUCUGCGAAUCUUUCAGCACUGUCCGCUAUUCGCACAAUGGUCCGCACAACAUCAUACCACCGCCUUUGCGGAGUUCCUGGCCUACAAGUCUCGCGUGCCAGUGCGUGGAGCCAUCAUGCUGAACCAAGCCAUGGACGAAGUUGUCCUCGUCAAAGGCUGGAAGAAGAGUGCGAACUGGAGUUUUCCGCGGGGUAAGAUCAACAAGGACGAGAACGACUUGGACUGCGCCGUGCGAGAAGUCUACGAAGAGACGGGCUUCGACAUUCGCGCAGCAGGUCUUGUGAAAGACGAAAAAGACAUGAAAUAUAUCGAAGUGACGAUGCGAGAACAGCACAUGAGACUAUAUGUCUUCCGGGGAGUCCCGAAGGACACGUAUUUCGAACCAAAGACACGGAAGGAGAUCAGUAAGAUUGAAUGGUACAAGCUGACGGAUUUGCCAACACUCAAAAAAAGCCGCCAACAGGAGGGAAGUGGUACAGAUCAACCAGCCCUCAAUGCGAACAAGUUCUACAUGGUAGCACCUUUCUUGAACCCGCUGAAGAAAUGGAUUACCCAGCAACGGAAGAAAGAAAACCGUUAUAGCUCGCAUUUGGCAGCGCCACCUAUGAUUGCUGAGCAACUGAGUACCGAGGAUGACCAAGAUAUCGAUUUUGCUGGCGCCGGACUGCCAGCAACGGUACCCCAGAUCAUCAGUGACCUACCCGAGGUCACGGCGCCAGCUACAGCAGAUCCCACCGCGCACCUGAAACAAAUGCUCAAUAUUGGAUCUAGUCAGUCUGAGCGAGCAGGAGUUGUGCCACAACCAAGUCAUAUGCAGGACGUGGAUGCCGAGAAGUCGAAUGCUUUACUGGCCCUUUUACGCAGUGCACCCCGAGGACAACCCCGUCCUAUACCUCAAACUCCACUAGAGCAGAUUUCUGCACCGCCUCAGACACAAGAAUCGCCGCACGUUUCUCAUAUACGUCCGUCGCAAUUGCUACAUGCUCACCCCCCUCCAACAUUCCAGCCACAACCUCAACACUCUAUCCAGCCGGCUUUCUAUCGUCUUGAGCAUCAUCCUACGGAAGCUCCGCUUCCUACGACUUCAAUGACUGCUCCAUCAAGACUCCAGCCGUCGAGUGGGCCAUAUCAGAGAACGGUCGACCCAGAGCUUGAGCGGGAGAUUGAGAGUCGCACAUAUCAACCUUCUGCACCUCCAGCCAGUGCUUUACCCAAAUUGACGAGCCAUACCAAAUCGCUUCUGGAAGUUUUCAAGGCCAAGUCAAGCUUGUUUGGCGGGCCACAGAAAGUUCAAGCUCCAAUCGAAAACAAGCCACCGGCAAGUUUGGGCCCACCUCUACCAAUCAGCGCGAGUGAACAAGCUGCCAUAGCAGCUACAGCACCCGCUGGACGUCCCGUCAAUGCGCGACAGACGUCGCUGUUGGAGCUUUUCAAGCCAUCAUCGAAGCCAGAGCAGGCGAAUGUGGCUGGCUCACAAAACCAACUGCCGGUCGAACUAGCGGCGACAACUACUGCAUCGCCUGCGUCGAAGAAGGUGGAAGGUAAUAAGAACGAGCUGCUCUUGGCUCUGCUGAAAAAAGGUGGUCAACAAUCUUCACGAGAGGCAGCUUCUACCAGCCACCCAUCGCCUAGAGAGGGCGAGACCUCUGCAACGAUCAACGGGCCACUCAACCAGCCUGAGUUCGAAGCUAUCUCACGACCGCACCGGCAUGUUACCAACGAGCUGAGGCGCAGUCCCCUUACCUCGAAUCGCACCUUGUAUGACCCCAAUCAACCAACUCCUGUCAAGAUCCUGGCGCGUCCAGAUGAGUCACGCCAACAGCAGGCUCCUCGUUCGCCGAAAGGUAUCAAGGCACCCCCCAAGAGGACGGCGAGAGAAAAGACUACGGUAAAAAGUCAGAGCAAACCAUUCCAACCUCAGAUACUUCGACGGCCCCAAACGGCUGAAUCAUCCGAGCCAGAGCCUACGGGCAGCGAGGGAACGAGUCAGCACGCCGUCUUAGCAGACGCUGUGCCAUCGCCACCUUUGGUCACAACCCCUCCUGAGAUCAGUGCGAGACCAUCAUUCAGUCGACAGGCAUCCCAAACACCAGCGCAGAAACAGGCUUUGCUUUCAUUGUUUGGCGGAGGACCUGAUACUACGCCUAGAGCAACAACGGCGCAACCGGGCUCUGGAAUAGUAUCACCACUCAGCACAAGCCAAAUCAUGAAUGGGGAGGUUCCGUUGUCUGCAAUGGAACCCCUCUCCACUCGGACAUCACGAGUUGGAAGCAUGGCAUCCAUCGGAAGCGGACCUGCAACCCAUCGUCUACCUAGUGAGAAAAGACAGACGGGAGCGGAGAACAAGGCGUUCCUGCUAGGAUAUUUGGGAAGAAUCGCUAGUCAAGGAAGCUGA